AUGGCGUCGUACGUGAAGGAAGUGUACGAAAACCUCGACCGCAGAUUGGCUACGGCGAGUGUUACCGCAUUCGCACUAGGCCUGCUCGUUCGCGGCUUCCUGGUCAGUGGAAAGCAUGGCCAGAUCGUAGCUUCUCCUUUGAGCACGCUGUUGCCCAAGCUAUCGACCGACGAGCACAAGAACCUGCCAUAUCCGCCGGAUUCGUUGCCGGGAGCUCGAGACGUGCAGUCACCUUAUGGCUCAAUACGUGUGUACGAAUUUGGCCCAGAAACUGGUCGAAAGGUGCUCUUGGUUCAUGGCAUCAGCACUCCGUGCCUUGCCCUUGGAGGCAUUGCACACCAGUUGGCGGACAAGGGCUGCCGUGUGAUGUUGUUUGAUCUUUUUGGAAGAGGCUACUCAGAGAAUCCGGCCGACCUGCCUCACGAUAUUCGCCUGUUCUCAACACAGAUUCUCUUGGCCACCGCUUCUUCACCACUACCCUGGCACCGAUUUUCAAUCGUUGGCUACUCCCUCGGAGGCGGAAUUUCGGCAGGCUUCGCAGCCUACUUUCCCCACAACAUCGAAUCGUUGGUCCUUCUUUGCCCUUCUGGGUUAAUUCGUGCUCGCCACUUCAGCAGAAGCAACCGUCUGUUGUACAGCGAGGGAGUCAUUCCGGAGCCGCUACUGCUCAGGUUGGUCAAACGACGAUUAAAGACCCCACUGUACCCACCCAAAGCACCCAAGAACGAUGGAAAGAUUGGAACUGAGCAGGCUGUCAAGGCCGAAGUCCCGAUCGAGAGUAAUUCGACUGCGGUUUUGUCAAGAAAGCAUCCUGAUGUGACGAUUGAAAGGGCUGUGGUUCAUCAAGUCGAUCAUCACGACGGUUUCGUGUCAGCUUUCAUGUCCAGUAUUCGGUACGGUCCAAUUCAGAACCAGCACGAACUUUGGGGACGAAUCAGCGCAGAGCUCGCGCAAAGAAGCAGCGAAAGUGGCGCAAACGCAAAGUUGCUGAUCAUUGCGGGCGAUCGUGACUCUAUUAUUGAUGCUACUGAGCUUCGUGAAGAUGCUACGGCAGUUUUCGGAGACCACCUUCAUUUUGAGGUGGUUUCAGCUGGCCACGACGCACCCAUUGUCAAAGCCGUCGAAGUUUCAAACCUCAUUUGGCAGUCGUGGAAUUGA